ACACGAACCAACAGAAGACAUAUGACUCCAGAUAGUCGAAGUCUAAAGAGGAAGUAGGCCUCUGAAUAAGGGAAUUAGACUAGCGCUUAAAGAACAUACGAGGAUACAAUCUACUUCGACAAUAAGAAGAAUUAGCAAUAUUUGUAUUGUUCUGAAUCGGUCCGAUUAAUUGCGUGUACCAAACAUUUAUUUUCCAAACUAACCAGCCGUAAUUACACGAUGACACUAAUAGACGAUGAAAUAGAAGAGGUAUCGCGGCUAUGUCAAAAUGUUAUUUCUAAUUCAAAACUUAUCACAUGCCAGAACACUUUGGUUCGCGUGGAUGUUGAACAAUCACGUAUAAGACGAUUAACCAUAUGCAUUCGAUUUCCAGAUAACUAUCCAAAAAACAAGCUUCUGCUGGAGUUUAAGAGCAAAACCUUGUCAAGUGCAUUUUUAGAUAAAUUUAAUAACUUAUGUGACACGAUGCUAAACGAUGCAGAAGGAAAGCCACAAAUUAUGUGGGUAUUGAAAUUUAUCAGCGAAUAUUUAUCAGCAAAUCCACUGUGCAUUGUUUUGGAUGAAGUACAGCAGAUAAAGCAGCUGCUCUCUAACUUUGGUCACCUUAGGGUUAAGCAACGAUCCUGCACUAUUGACUUAAUAAUACGUGCCGAGGAAUACUUCUACCAAGCCAAAUUUAAGGUUCCCAAAGAUUAUCCAAUCGAACGAGUUGUGUGGAAUGACUGUGAAUGUAACCUUCCGCAAGCUUUAGUGUUAUUUAUUAACGGACAAGCACAGGAAAUAGCUAGGCGUUGCGUAGAACCACCAUUAGCAGGAGUUAAUACUAACCUAUACUUUAAGCCUAAACGGAGCCUGUACAGAUGUUUGGCAUUUGUCAUAACGACUGUACGGAACAUCCUUCAAGAAAAAUGCCCUGUUUGUGGGCAACGUUGUCUGCCGGACAACCCAUCCGAUAAUAUCACACGAGAUACCGACGACUUAUUUUUAAUACGCAUGUUUUGCGGUCAUAUAUAUCAUCAGAGUUGCUUAAAACGUUUCAUGAGCGAACCACCAUUUCCUAUUGGCGGAAAAACUUGUCCCGCGCUAACGAAUCAUAGGAAUGAUGACCUGACAAUCACUGAUGACGAAAUAAGCUUACCAAAGCGGUCUCCAUCCAACCCACCAUUGUCUUUAGCUGCCGUUUGCGGCCAAAAAGUAUCACACGAUAAAUGGGGCCUGAAUAACGUAAAAUCAGCUGAAACCAAAUGGGCUCACCGUCAAGCAAAAAUAAGAGAACUUGAAGAAGUGAAAGAUUUCUUACAAUGAAUCCGGUUUAAUUUUUCUGGGCACACUCCAGAAUUUCUGUUAAAUGUUCUUCGUUUUGUAUUUAUACAUUGAUGUCAGUUCAUUGAUAUGCAUCCCAUUACACGUAUUACAUGUAUUAGAAUGCAAUAUUUUUCAUACAU